AUGGCAUCAGAUGGCUCAGACGUCAUCAUGCUUGAUCCACCUGUGACUAGCAUCAGCUCGCCAAAGGUCACUCAGGAGCGUGGCCAAGUAUCGCCUCUACGCGACCGAAUGGUCAACGGAGCGAGCUCGCCUGUAUCGAGUGCUCGUCUCAGCAAUGCCACACCAGGCUCGAGUAAGAGCCACAUGAUCGAGCUUGAUCUGGAAGGAGAGAUGCAGGCAACGCCAAUUUCUCAUCGACGCGACGUUUCUCAGGGGUCCAAUGGCUCCAGCACGACCGCGCCCUCUCUGCGCAGACAGGCCCUUAACGGAUCGAACGCCGACUCGCACGCGGUCAGCGCAUCGUUGUAUUCGAGCACCUCGUCUGCGCAUUCGACGCCUUCAACAACCGUCGGCUCCUUUGCAACCAUACCGUCGGCUGGCAAGCAGGGUCAUGCCAAUGGGCAGCCAGACCAACAGAUCAUCGAGAUCAGCUCGCAAGAUGAUGACGGGCCUCACUUGUCGCGCGAGAGGACAUCACCAUCCAUGAGCUCGCCAUCGCGUUCCAGCGGCCGCGCCAGCUUGGCGUCCUUGCUCAACGCGUCUGACGUCCCAGCACCAACUCUGCGACCAUUCUCAGCUCUGAUGGCUAACAAUCUAGCCGAUGUGGAACGCGCCCAGGCUAGCGUCAGAGCCGCUCUAGGCACUGCCCAGCCAGAGAUGGGUCUCGGCAUCCCCCCAAUCUCCAUGGCAAGCAGAUUCACAGAAAUCAAUCCAUCGUUAGAUACACGCCAAAGAUCCGCUGAGCCUGCAGUAGCAAGCACGAGCGGUACAACUGCUUCGGUCGAGCAAGCUGCAAUCGAAGUUGACGACGACGAGGAGGAUGAUGACGACGAAGGAGAUGACGACUCUGGUCUGUCAUCGGUGGCAGAUUCGGAUGACGAACAAGCAAAGGCUAACAAACUUCAGCGCAAGCUGGAAGCGUCGGCGGAAGAACGCAAGGCUGCGAAAAAAGCAGCCCGCAAACCUCGCAAGAAGAAGCCUGCCGUCGUGCUGUCCGACCAUGUGGAGAUCAAGGGCAAGAAGCUGACGCUCAAGCAAAAGACGCUCACCGUCGACCGGACUCGCGAAGUCAUCCGAGCUCAGAUGGACAUUCAGGACGACCUCGAAAAGAGUUCAGAGCCGCUCCAAACAUUCCCAGAGAAACACUUGCCUCUUCUUGCAGCACUUGUACAAGAAUCAGAAAAAACUCUCGACUCGCUCGCAAAGCACAUCAAAGACAUCAUCCAGCCCGCGAGCAUAGAGGAAGAGUCUCAGCAUACUGCACAAGCACAUGACAAAGUGCCGCUACAGCUCAUCAAGCGCACGAUCGAUCUCAAUGCGAAACGAGUCAAUUAUGGCCUGACAGAGAGCCUGUUGACGCUUCGUGCUAGUAACAUGGAUGCCGUCACGAAGCCGUCCAUCCCGCCUUCGCUAGCACUGUAUCGCUGGGAGGUCAAUGAUUCUGACUUGUGGCCGGCUGGCUUUCGCACUUCGUUCGAACGUCGACGCGAAGAAAGACAAAAGGCGCACACGGACGUACUGCAGCUCAUUGGAACUGCACCAGGCCUUGAUCGCAAGACGCUACUGGGUAAUUACCGACUCGAAUACGACGAGCCGACGAAAGCGCUUGAAGCGAUCCCUUACAAACCAAAGAAGGCAGCAGGCGACAAGGCUGCGAAGAGUGCCACGGCCGCACCCAAGCCAGAAAAUCAGAAAAAGCCUGCAGCGAUCAAUGGCAAGGCCGCCGCGAAGCCUGCCUCUAAGGCCAGCACAGCGAAAGCGUCGCGCAAACCAUCAACGAGCAAAGAGCCUUCUGCAAGUGAAGUCGGCAAUUUAAAGCUGGACGACAGCAGUGCCUCGGCCAUCAAGCCUGAUCCUGACAGCGUGUUCGGCCCAGCGAGGAGUGACGAGCCAGUCGAACCAGCAACGCCGGCGGAUCCCAAUGCAAAGCCGAAGCGGAAGAAAGUUGAGACUAUCGAGCAGCGCGAGCGACGAGAGGCCUCAGAAGCCAAGAAGCUCGCAGCUGCCGAGAAGAAAGCCGCUGCUCUUGAAAGCAAGGCCAAACGGGAAGCAGCCAAACGUGCAAAGGAACUCGAGGCCGACAAAGAGACCAAGCGAAAGGCAAAACAAGCCGAGAUGCUAAACCGCUUCGCACAGAUCCGCACGUCUCCCCAAGCGCCGAGAAGCUCAAGCGCAGGCGUGAGUGUCCAGACGGGCUCAACAGACUUUGAGCGUACCUUCCGCACAUUCAAAAUCAAGAGCGACGUCAGCCUCGCCAAUAUCAACAAUUUCAGAGCGCCUGGCAGAGGGCCUGCAGAUCUGGUGCAGAAGCCUGAUUUGACGCGAGAAGAGGCACUGUACGACUUCACGAAAGACAUCCCAGAGUUUCGUAAACUCAACCGCAAUCCUCGGCCGAUGCCCUCGAUAACAGUCAGGGAGAUCAUUCAAACUUUGACCGAAGGCGAUUUGAGCGGUACCGACGGUGGCAGCAAAUGGUACGCGAUGCUCAACAACCGCGUGAUGAUUCCAAAGAAGCUCCUCGUCUUCCACGAAGAUCUGCGACCGGGCUACCACGGCUCGUGGACGAAAGGCAGUAGGAUCAUCAGGCCUCGCAAUCCUUUCGCUGUCGACCCAGAGCUACUCAACUAUGAAUACGAUUCUGAGCUCGAUUGGGAAGAGGAAGACGUCGGGGAUGUUGAAGACGUUGGCUCAGACAACAAUCUAUCCGAUGACGAUGGCGAAUCGGUCAUCUCGGGCGACUUCCUUGCUUCUGACGAUGAGAUCGAGAUGAUGGAAGGCUUUGAGGACGAUCUCGAAACUGCGAUCGAGCGCCUCAAUGACGGCGGCAAGGCGAAUCGUGAUGCUGAGCAAGCCGGCGAAGAGCGCGCUGUGCAAAAGAAGACGCAGAUCAUCAAAUCCAAGAAACGCAAGCUGACCGGCCCUCUGGUGCCUGUCAUCUUCGGACCGAUCUUCGAGACGGAGCUGGGCGAGUCUCCACUGCCGGUGUUCAGGCAGCAUGCUGUGCACUUCCUUAACUACAACAAGCCGGGCUUCGACCCGCUUAGAUACCCAACCAUUCCUGCCUAUUUCAACGCAACUGCUCAAAGCAAUCACAAGAGGUCAGACAGCAAAGCUGCUGAGAAUGACGACGCUGGGCAAGCUGUCAAGAAGAGCAAGAAAACCAAGUUUGUCUUUCCCCAGGCACUGCUGGAUGACUUUGCGGCGGCAUGCAAAGCGUCGAGCAAGACGAACAAGCCAAGCUUGAUCGCAGAGCUGGUCACUACCUUUAAAGCGCGCGACUCUGCUAUCACAAAGGUUUCAAUCGAGGCCCUCGCCAAGGACAAUGUCAAGCGUCGCAUGCGCAAGUCAAGCUCUGACGAGUCCAUCUGGGAAGUCAGCUUCACGAACAGUUUCAGCGAUGACACGCUUCCACAAGGCGGACGGAAGCAGACUCCACCAACAAGCUCGAUCGCGUCCGGAUCUAGCACGCCGGAAGUCAUCUCGACGCCGGUAAGUAGCAACCCUGCUUUGCCCAAUGGCAUUCGCAGACCGGUACAGCUACCCAAGAAGCGCAAAGACAAAGUUGGCUUGCAAAAGGAAAUCAAGAAGCCUGCUCCGAAGAAGGAGCCCGCGCAGAGCAUGUUGCCUUUCCUAGGCUCUUCCUCUCAUGCUCGGCUACUGGCUGCAAACACACCCGGCGCGCUGCAGCCUCCGCCACGAGCAAGCAGUCCUGCAGAAUCCAUCACUGAAGACUCCGUCGAUGCAGCUCUGGAUGGUGAUCAGAUGAUCAUCGAUGAACCGAUUCGCGAGUCGUCUAUUAGGUCGGUCUCCAGCGCAGAGGACGCUCCCGCACUGGCAGCGAUUGCUACGACGGACGCAGGCGAUACAGGAAUGCUCACAGAUGUUGCAAUGAUGACAUAG